AUGAGUAAAUUAUAUGUGCUCUUUGAGCACAGCGCGGGGUUUGCCCUUUUCCGCGUGGCAGAGUUCGAAGAGCUUGCUGCCUUCUUACCUCAAGUAGAAGAAUCUGUUACUGAUUUACAGAGAUUUAACUCUGUCGUGACUCUGAUAGCCUUCCAGCCUUUUAAAUCUGCAGUGUUGGCUUUGGAAAACAUCAACGCUAUUUCUGAAGGUAUCUUACCCGAAGAUCUAAACCUGUUUCUUGAGGGUGCAUUACCCAAACGCAAGAAGCGCAGCAAAUGCACCCUUGGAGUGUCUGAUCCCAAACUGGGUGCAGCUAUCAGCGAGGCCUUGGAGAUCCCUUGCUCCCAUACUGGAGCUGUACCAGAGGUGUUAAGAGGUAUCAGACAUCAUUUCCAUGCACUGAUCAAAGGUCUAACAUUGAAAGCAUGUAGCGUGGCUCAGCUUGGCUUGGGGCAUUCCUACUCCAGAGCUCGUGUCAAGUUCAAUGUUCACAGAGUGGACAACAUGAUCAUACAGUCUAUUGCAUUGUUGGAUCAACUUGAUAAGGAUAUCAACACAUUUUCUAUGCGGAUCAGAGAAUGGUAUUCAUACCAUUUCCCAGAGCUCGUAAGUAUUGUUCCUGAUAACAACCUCUAUGCAAGGUGUGCAGAGUUCAUAAAAGAUCGGAAAUCUCUUAAUGAAGACUCAGUGGAACCACUGUCAGAGAUCCUCGGUGAUUCAGAGAAAGCUCAAGCUAUAUUGGAUGCAUCUAAAAUGUCAAUGGGAAUGGAUAUAUCUCCCGUAGACCUGAUAAAUAUACAGAUGUUUGCCGGACGUGUUGUGGCAUUGAGUAAUUAUAGAAAGCAAAUAGCAGAAUAUCUUCAUACAAAAAUGAACUCAGUGGCUCCAAACUUGACCACCCUCGUGGGAGAUCAAGUGGGGGCUCGCCUUAUCUCAAAGGCUGGCUCUCUCACCAGCCUGGCUAAGUAUCCUGCAUCUACUCUACAGAUUCUGGGUGCUGAGAAAGCUCUAUUCCGAGCCCUCAAAACAAGAUCCAAGACUCCCAAGUAUGGCCUCCUCUAUCACUCCACAUUCAUCGGACGUGCAGGCCUUAAGAACAAAGGUCGUAUCAGCAGAUACCUCGCCAAUAAGUGCUCCAUUGCUUCCAGGAUUGAUUGUUUCUCCGAAGUCCAAACAACAAUCUUUGGUGAGAAACUCCGUCAGCAAGUUGAAGACAGGCUCAAGUUCUAUGAAACUGGAGAUAUACCGAUGAAGAAUAUUGAUGUGAUGAAGCAGGCCAUCGAGGAGUUGGAGAAUGCAGCUCCAGCUGAUGUCAGCCUCAACAACAGUUCCAAGAAAAAGAAGAAGAAGAAGAAUAAGGAAGUCGCUAUGGAUGAAGAU